AUUUUGGCUCAAGCCCGCGCGCUCCCGGGCUUGCGGGGUGGGGGGGAGCGAUGGCGCCGCUCCGCCGGGAGGGGCGGCUGCGCGUGGCGACCACAGCCGCGCGUUUGCACGAGCUGCCGCGCGGCCCGCCAGCGCGCCGCGACGCGCAGUGCUACGCCGCACAGGACGGAGUGAGCUACGCCGCGGGCGCCGCGCUGGAGUUGUGUUUCCUCUCACACGGUUGGGCUGCCGCACCCGCCACGCACAUGCCACACCGCCAGUCCCCAGCUGGACCCGCCAGAGCAGGCGAGGCGCCAGACAGGGGGCGCCUCGGUGCAGACGGCGGGCUGCGAACCUUCAAGCCUCCGCCCCGCUCCGUUCUGGGCGCGGUGCUGCGCAUUCAGGGCUUCAUCCGCGGCCGCGCGGCGCGCCGCUGGCUCGGUUCGUCGGCGGUGGUGGACAGGCGGAGCUGGCCACGGGACGGCGCUGCCCCUGACCCAGAGGUGGUGGCGCGCGGCGACCGCGCGGGCGAGGGCGGCAGGACACGACCUGCUAGGGAGCUGCCCGCCCGCCUGCUGCCCGUGGCGCAGGACGCCUGGGGCGCUGCGGGUGCGGCGAGGCGCCGGCCCCCGGCACUGCGGCCGCCCCCUCCAGCCGCACGGGUCAGCGAGCCCAGCCCCUACGACAUCCCGCUGGCCAGGGCCGUGCGCCCGCAGGGCCUCGCCCAGGAUGGGCCCUCGGGCGAGGCCUCCUGGCGGGGGACUUUUGACCUGCUCCUCGUCGAGGCCGUCCUGAUGAAGCGGCGGGCUGCCCCCACGUCGGCCUCGGCCGCCCCACAGGCCGAGGGCUGCCGGCGGGAGGACGUCGUUGCGGAGGCACGGGAGGUGAGCGUCCACGAGGGGCUCUCCGGGCCCUCCGCAGAGGCUGGCGGGGCCCCCGCAGCUGGAGAGGAGAAGGAGGGAGCGGAGGAAGACGACGGCGGCGCAGAGGAGGGCCGCGUGCAGGGGGCGCAGGACGAGGAUGACGGCGGCGACGAGGAGGAGGGCCGCACGCAGGGGACGGCGGAAGAGGAGGAGGAGGCGUCCCACGGCGCCGAGCUCACCCUGAUGCCCUCGGCCGCUGCUGGCCAGUGGCCACGAGCCCUGGAGGAGGAGGACAGGGAGGAGGAUGCGCCUUUCUGCCUCUCGGAUCUCCACGUGCCCGCGGUCGCAGCUGAAACCAGUCCGCCCGUUGAUCGGGGCGACCUCUCGGGCGAUCUGGAGUACACCCCGGAGCAGCUCGAGGAGAGAUUUCUCGAGUCACUCGCGGUUCUCGACAGCGUCGAGGCACACUUGGACCUGGUGGACGGCUUGAAGGCGCAGCGUACGAAGGCCGCGGGACGGCGCGAAGCACUCACCGCCGCUGCCCACUGCGAGCAGGAGGCGGCAUUGCAGCAGCAGGCCGCUCAGGAGGCAUAUUUCCUACAGGCCAUCCGGCAGCUUGAGGCCGAGCACUCGGAGUGCAUGCGCGAGCUCGAGAUCGGCAUCGCAGCCGCGCAGGAGCAGGUUGACGCCGCGCACCGGGCCGCUGAGCAGCGCCGCGAGAGUGACGAACUCCUCCGACGCGAACGGCUGCGCGGACAGCGUGACGCUCUGGAGGCGGAACGCCGCCACGCCGAGCGCGAGCGGAAGCUGCUGACAGCCGAGGCGGCUGCACAGGAGCUGGCCGAGCGCGAGAGGCUCUCGGCGCUGCUGCAGGGCCUGGAGGAGGAGCGGCGGCGCCAGGACGCGGAGCGCGGGCGCCAGGAUCUGCGCCGGGCCGAGCUCCAGCGGGUGGCAGAGGAGCGCCUGCAGGUGCGCGCGCUGCGGCAGGCCGAGCGCUUCGAGGCGGCGGAGGAGCAGCUGGAGCGCGAGCGGCGCGAGGCCGCCGCAGAAAUCGCCGCCCAGGCCACCGCAGCUGGCGAGCGGCUGGCCUCGGAGCAGGCCCAGCUCGUGGGCGAGCUGCUGGAGCGCCUGGAGCGAGAGGCCAGCGAGCGGCAAGCGGCGUCGGCAGGUGAGCUGGAGGAGAUCCGCCGCGAGCUCGAUCGCCUGAGGCUGGAGCGCGAGCAGCGUGCCGCGUCACCAGAGGGACGGCGGCGCCCCGCGGCGCCCGUGGUCGUGGAGGCUGGCUCGGCCAUCGGCGACGCGAUCGACGUGUGCGGCGCAGGAGCGCGUGGCGGUUCUAGUGAUCUCGCGGGCCGCCGCAGUGCGGUGCCUGCGACGGCCGCAGGGGGCACCCAGUCCGAGAGCGACUACGGGGACGACUUCGAGGAGGACUUCGAGGAGGAUUUUGAGGACGAAAGCAGCAGCAGCGAGGACGACGCUGGCAGGGAAGGCAGCCGCAGCAGGCCCGGCAGUGGGCCGAGCAGCGUCAGCUCGGGUGCGAGUUCUGGCUCAGUGGCAGACGAGAUCGACGUCAUCUCGGAGCGGGGCCGAGGGAGCCUCCCAGGCAGCUCCUCAGCCAGCGAGAUCUCGGAGGGCGCAUCGGGCCUCUCGUCGCAAAGGACGCUAAGGGCAUCAGGAGCGCCCAGCGCCUCAAUCGAGGACGAGGCGGGGGACGCCUCUGGCACCCGUGGGGCCCGCAGUGCCUCCGCGCCGCCAGAGUCGGUGGCGCUGGAGACGUCAGGAGCGCCCAGCGCCUCAAUCGAGGACGAGAUCGGGGACGCCUCAGGCACCCGUGGGGCCAGCAGUGCAUCGGCGCCGCCAGGGUCCGUGGAGGAGGAGCAGGAGGAAGAGGAGGAGGAGGCUCGGGAGGCCUCCAGCGCCUCCUCCGCCGAGAGCGUGCCAGCCAGACGGGAGGCGUCCACCGUGGAUGACUCCUCCGAAAUAGCCGACGAGUUGGCGGCGAGCAGGUCAGGCACCAUCAGUGGCUCGGUCGAGGACGACGUCGAGGAGCCUUCAGGCGUCAGCUCCUCGCGGAGCUCGCGGGACUUGCCCGGGUCCAUCUCCGACGGCGACGUGCCAGAAGCCGUGGACGUCGACGCCAUCCCCAUCCCGGCCGCAGGCGUGUCCGAGUCCGACGAGUCUGUGGCGAGCGGCCCGACCGCGGAGGAGGCCCCAGAGGUCUCCGCCGACGAGGCGCUCUCUGCGCCAUCCUCCGCGAGCGCAGGGGCGGCGCCCGGGGAGGUGCCGCAGGUCUCUGCCGACGAGGCGCCUUCUGCGCCAGCCUCCGCCGUGCCCUCCGUGGCGAGCUCAGGGACGGCGUCGGUGGACGUGCCGCAGGACUCCUCCGGGGAGCUCUCCUCGCUGGAGGGGGCGGGCGCACCGGCGCGGUCGCGCGCCAGCGACAGCUCGGUUGCUGAUGAGGUCGAGCCUGCCGCCGUGGGCGGCAGCCUCUCGGAACUUCGCUCGAGCACGGCUCGCAGUGGCUCCCCGAGCCACGCGGCGGUGGAGGAGUCAUACUCGCAGCAGUUCGCGGAUGCCACGGUCGGUUCUGCCUCCGAGGUGCCCUCCGAGAGCGCCGGCGCUGGUGAGGUCGACGAGUCGUAUUCGGAGCAGUUCACAGAUGCGACCGCCAACGACGAGGCGGAGUCUGCCUUGCUAGGACGAUCACGAGGCUCCGUUGGCCUCAUAGCAUCCAUAGCCGAGGAGGAAGAGGGCUCGGCACCAGACAGUGGCGGCGAUUCAUCAGCAGGUGACCUGGCUGAGGCGUCUGCUGCUGGAGAUGCGGGCGCGUCGUACUCGCAGCAGUUUGCGGCUACGUCUGCCGACGAAGACGCGGAGUCCCUCUCCGUGGGGCGAUCCAGAGGGUCUGCCCAGCUCAUCACGUCCAUAGUCGAGGAGGGGGUGGACGAGGAGAGCUCGACAUCUAGUAGCGCCGUCGAUCCGGGAGUGCGGUCGGCCAGCGGUGAGGCCGCUGCAGACGCCGCGGAAGACACCGGCGGCUAUUCCGACGAGUCGUUCGCCUCGCCGCAAGGCAGCCUUUCCGAGGAGGAGCCCGAGGGCGAGGUGCCCGCCUCUGCGGGCCGUGCCAAGCCCGGCUCGCACUCAGCCGCUGGCGGCCUGGAGGAGGAGGAGAGCGAGAGCGCCUCCAGCUCGGGCAUCGUGCGCCUGCGCGCCGAGGUGGCCGGGCAGCGCAGGCUGGCGGCCCGGCUGCGCCGGGGCCACGAGCGCCGGGAGCUGCUCGCCGAGCAGGCGCGCCUGGCCCUCGAGAUCGAGGCCCUGCGGGCCUCCGAGCCCAGCGGCCAGGGCGAGCCGCCUCCGGGCGGCAGCGCGCGCGGCGGGAGUGGUGGCGCGGCGGGGCCCUCUCCCCGCGGGGCCGUGCCCUCCACGCAGGCGGCGGGCCCGCGACACGCCGCGGACAUCGGUCUGGGCGGCCCCGUGCCCGCGGGCGAAAGACCGUCGGCCCAUGCCGCCGCCGGCAGCCAGCGCCGCCCGUCCGACGCCGCGGACGCGUCGAUGGGCUCGAGCGUAAGCGGCUCGUCCCGGGGAAGGCCGUCGCGGGCGCUGGCCGAGGCAAUCCGGAUGGAGCGGCAGGUCUCCAGAGGCGCCAUGGAGGAGUUCGACGACCUCUGCCGCUCGAGCCGCGUGUGGUCGAAGGCUGAGAGCGAGGAGGCCGAAGAGAUGUCUCGAUCGAGCGAGCGCGGGGCCAAGGCUACCUCCCUCGAAAGCAAGGCCGAGGGCGAGGCAGCCGAAGAGACGUCUCAAUCGAGCCAGCGUGGGGCCACUGCUACCUCCCUCGGAAGCAAGGAGAGUCUCGCGCCAGACGUCAGGGGCCGCGGGGAGGAGGCCGGGAGGCAGCGCGCUGCGCCAGCCGCAGUCUCCGCCGGAGAGCCCGCAGGCUCGGGCGCGGCACUGCAGGAGGGCGCCGCGGAUGUGAAGAGCACGCCGGCCACAGACGGCGCAGCCGCCAAGGAGGCAGAGGGCGCCGAGGAGGACGAGGAGGAGCAGGAGGAGGAAGGCGCGCUGGCCGCGGAAGAGGUUCUGGUCGCAGGUUGCGCUGCGGAUGGCCCAACUUCUGAGGGGCUGCCAGACAGCUCCACGGCCAAGGAGGCGGCGGCGUGCGCAGAGGUUGCAGCCAGUGAUGCCGGCACCGCGGCUGCAACAGUUGCAAUGGACGCCCUGGUGGGGGGUGUGGCAGCCGCGGGGGAGGUGCCUGCCGCGAGGGGCGCGGAGGACGCGCCUGUCGCAGAGGGCGCCCUGGCCGAGGAAGCUGCUGCGCCCGAUGGGGGCGUGGAAGGUCCGUCGGCCGCUGUGGCCGCGGCAGCUGCUGAGGAAGCGGAAGGCGUACAUGUCCAGCGCGAGGAUGGCCAUGGAAGCUGCGCGGGGGAUUCUGAGGAGGGGGAAGGCCGCGCCGAGGCUGUCGUGGGCGCCGAGGGUCUCGUGAGCGCCGAGAGAGCUGACAGCACCGUUGGCGCCAGUGAUGCUGUUAGCACCAAGGGCGCCGUGGAUGCCUAUGCAGAGGGCGCCCCGGAUACCCUACUUGCUUCCAGUGGGGCAGCAGCCGACGGCACAGAGGUUGCCAUUGAUGUCGAGGGCGAUGAGGAUGCCAUGUGUACCGAGGGCGUCGAGGUCGUUGAGGAGGAUAUCGGGGUCGACGAGGGCACCGAUUUUGCUGAGGGCGCUGAGCGCGGCGUGGGCACUGACGCUGUUGAACGCGCCGCGAUCAUCGACACAGAGGGCGUCGUAUCCGCUGCAGGCGGCGGCGCCGUUAACGCUGAGGGCGCCGAGGGCGCUGCUGACCCCGAGGAGGCCGAGAGCGCAUUUGGAGCGGUCGGGUCGCCCGCGGUGGCGAGCGCCCAGGGCCAAGUCGAUACACACAGCCCCGCCCUCUCGCGCCUGGCCGACGAGGUGUCCGAGCAGUUGCUCCAGGGGAUGGUGAGCGAGGUCGCCAUCGAGGCGCGCUCGAGACGCAGGGCGGCAUCUGCCCAUGGAAGGUCCGAGGGUCCAGCCGGGCGUGGCGCGGAGGCGCGCGGCGACGAGGCGUGCGCCCAGUCGCCGUCGGCACUGCGCGGCGCCGUGGCAGACGGGCUCCUGGACGAGCUGCUCGGAGAGCUCUCUCGAUCGCUGCUCGCCGGUCCAGCUGGCGCCGAGCUCAUCGAGGCCCUGGCCGCUGGCCCAGGCGCGCCGUCGCCUGCGUGAACAUCCCGGCCCUGGCCAGGUGGGCUGUCCAGACUUCCUGUGAGCGACGCAUAGAAACGUGGCCAUCUUCACCGACAAUGGCGCGUAAUCGGCCCACGUCGGGUCGCGCGUAAGCACCUUCGUUGCCAAUGUGACGUACCGCGCUGGCGGCCCGCGUAAGCCACCGUGUAAGGUCGCUAUGCCUAAGACCCGUUUCUUUUCGUCGCUCUUGCGGCGGCGAAGCCUUCUGCUGGGCGGUUCAGGCGCCGGCUGCCUCCCGCUAAGCGGGGGGGAGGAGGCAACGGGUCGGCGCAUGCGCACGAGGGUCUGGCGAUGGUCAGGACGUCGGUGCGCCGCUGGGGAACCCGGUGCCGGCUCGCCGCGCCGCGGUGGCAGCGCUUGCCGUGCACAGAUCAGGGCCGCGGCCUGCUGCCGGCCGGGGGCCGCCGGCAAAGCCACGGGCGAGCCGAGGAGGAGGCGCGGCUCCCAUUGCGAGACCACCGACGCCCCAGGGGAAAGCGGAGGCUCGUGCUGGUCGAAAACAGGCAUCCACGUACUCAUCCCAGGGGGGCGAUUUGUCUUCGGCACUUGCGCAGUCGAACCCUUGCAACGCCUGUUUCGAAUGCCCCUUAUUCUCCU